AUGGAGGCGUGCCCCUUAGUACAUCCACAAGACCAGCCCGAAGCUGUACCGGUCCAAGAACCAAAGGUCGACAAAUUGCAUCGCCUUUUGUUGUCACACAUUCUGUUGGGUAUAACUGCCGCGUUGUUUGGACUCGUCCACCUUCAAGAAGCCAUUGCUGUGUUUAUGGGGUAUACAUCACCAACCGCUACCGAGGUUGUCCUCACUACAAAACUUGUGUGUGCCGCGUUGACUUGUUUAAUGGGGUUUCUUGCGUACAAGAUGCGGUACAACACUGUCUUUGCGAUAUUGACAGGACUUUCUCUCUCAUUGUACUCUGUAUUUGUACACGAGAAUACUCUCCUCAUGAUCAAUUCCACAAACCAAGUUUCGUUUUUUGACAUGCUUGGUGCAUUUACGUGGAUGGUAUACUUUGCUGUCGAGGUGUUUGUCUUCGACACGCCAAAGUACUUGAUGCACUUUCACUGUUCAUUGUCAGUGUACCAUGCACUGGUUCUUCUUUUUCUCAUUUUUUCUAAUCAAAUUUCCACCCUUAUCAGACUUUUCGUUUCGACACUUCUCAAUCUCUCAAUCUCGGUGAUAGCGAAUAUAUUAGCUCUUUGGGCUUUCUACCCAAGUUUCAGAGGUCCUUCACAUACUCAUUCCGCAACUGGACAACCUGAAAAGGCAAAGUCAGAUUAA